AUGGAUUUUCCCCCUCACAAUUCAUCUUCAAGAGCACGCCUUUCUUCUAACCUAGUCGCAAUGGAAAGGGCAACCAGGUCGCGUAGAGCUGUAGACUCCGCUUCCGCCUCCCGCAAGAGCGCGCUGGCGGAGCUCGCUGCGCACCGCACCAGCCGCCAGUCCGGUUCAGCUCCGCCUCCUGUCGCAGGCGAUGAAGCCGGCGAUCAGGGAGACCAGGCUGUGCGACGCAAGCGACGGAUCGAUACCUUCGAGCUGAAGGAGGAGGAUCGCCUAUACGACGUCGUCGACGAGUCGGAGUACCAGAAAAUCGUCGCACAGCGUCGCGUGGCGGGCGAGAACUUCGUUGUGGACGACAACGGGCUGGGGUAUGCCGACACGGGCCUGGAGGACGUGUGGGACCGACGCGACGACGACGACGAUUCGUGGGACGAAGAUGAGGACGGUGGCAGACGGAAGAAGAAGGAUAAGAAGCCUGCGGGGCCCAGGCCGCGCCGGGAGGGCGUUGCCGCGCGGAAGGCGCUUUCUGCCGCCGCCGCCAUGAUGGGGAAGCGCCGUGGCGCCUCCAACAUGUUCGCCGCUGCCGGCGCGCGUGCCGGUGGCCGGCAGGCUUCGGCGCUGCCGGCCGGCGAGGCGCAAGCGGCGGAGGCGCUGCUGGAGGAGCUGAUUAACGACAUCGGCCCCGACGCACACGAGCGCCUGCCCGACAAGAGAAGACGGAGAGGUGCUCCUUCCAUCCAAACCUCUCCCUCCCGUAGUUUGAUUGUCAUAUUUUCUCCUUUUCGCCAAGUGACGGUGUGGCUGUGGCGGAGUGGCUGUGACCGUUACGCCCUCCGCGUGGCGUCCACUCGCGCAGCACGCGAAGCCCCCCGUCUACCCCGACGAUUUCCACGACGCACCUGUCGUCACGCCGUCAAACGAGCCGGUCGUUCCUGCCGGCCGCAGCAGCAGCAACAGCAGCAGCCGCCGCCAACGCCAUUUCCCGACGACUCACCCUUUCCCGAGAUGAACCCUGCCGCGGGGGCACGUGAGCACGAAGGGGUGAAUGCCGGUGCUGCUGAGGGGGGAGUAGGUACGGAUCCCGAGUCACCUAGUGCUAAAGCAGAGCCCAAUAGUACCGCCCGGGUAACCGGCGGUGGAGCGGGUAUGACGACAGGCGUUAAAGCAGAGUCUGGAAAGGAGAACGUACCAGGAGCAGCGGCAGGUGAAGGGGUUGCAGCUGGUAAUGGUGCGGUAGAGGGAGGGCAGUCGGCCAAACCGGAUUCCGCCGAGGCAGGCCAAGCGCCGAAGCUGCAUGCUAGGCUCGGGGCGCUGGCUCAGGAAGAGAACGCAUCUGCGGCUUGGCACGCGGUCAGCCGAGGCUCGGCAGGAGGCUUGGCAGACGAGAAGGGUGGCAGCCCUGACAGGAGCGGCGCAGCAGCGGGAGGGGAUAAAGGGGGGUGGGCGGGGGCGGCUGUAGCAGGGCAAACGGCUGUAACGGGGAGUGCGGCUGUAGCAGGGUUAGAUGCGCCUGUGAACGUGGAGGGGCUUCCUCUGGACGCGGAUGGGAAGCUUCCGUUCUUCUUUUUAGAUGCGGUGGAGGAGUCAUAUGGCGCGCUUCAGGGCACGGUGUUCCUGUUUGGCAAGGUCCCUGUGAAGCAAGUCAGCACCAGCAACAGCAGUCCGAGCAAGGGCGUCGGUCAGUCGUACGUGAGCUGCUGCGUGGGCGUGCAGGGCGUGCAGCGGUGCGUGUUCGCCGUGCCUCGCGAGGGGCUGUUUGACGACCCCCAGCUGGCCGUGCUGGAGGCUGAAGAGAAGCAGGCUAGGGACGAGGACGCGGGAAAAGCGGGCGGUGGGGGUAAAAGCGGUAACAAGGGAGGUGGCGGCAGUGUUGGUGGGGGGAAGGGCGCGGAGGAGUCGGAGCGAGUGAAGGCUGCCCGGCUCAAGAAGAUGCGCAAGCUGCACGAGCUAGCCACGCCUCUCAAGGAGGAGAUUCGCCAGCGACUUAUGGAGCGCCACGUGUCCUCCUUCUGCAUGAUGCCUGUCAAGCGUUCGUAUGCGUUUGAGAGGAAGGAUAUUCCACGAGGCGAGCAAUAUGUGCUGAAGAUCACAUACCCUUACUCGGACGCCCCUCUGCCUUCGGACCUCACAGGCACGCACUUCACUGCCUUGAUGGGCACCCACACCAGCGCCCCUGCUGGCUGGCCAUUGAUCGCCCUCCUUCACCUCCCCAUUCUCACUGCCUUUUCUUACCCCCCCUCUUUCAUCUCCCCUUCCCUCCUCCCUCCCUGUUUCUGUCUGAACACACGCCACCCCAUCCCAAUCCAACCCACCGCACCCCACCCCGGCAGUGCGCUGGAGCUGCUGCUGCUGAAGCGACGCCUCAAGUGCCCAUGCUGGCUGGCCAUCGAUCGACCCACCCGCAUCCACCCCGCCUCCCAGAGGAGCCAUUGCAGGGUGGAAGUAUCCGUAGCGUCACCAAAGUUGGUAGCGCCAGCAGCAGCAGAGAGCGACCCUCCGCCGCUGGUGGUGGCGUCUCUGAACGUGAAGACGGUGGUGAACCAUGGCAAGAACGUGAACGAGGUUGCUGCUGUAUCAGUGGUGUUCUGUCGCAGUGCAAAGGUAAGGAAUGAGGAUGUCAAGUGGUGCCGAGUGGUGCUAAACGGUGCACUGGUAGUAAGGACGCUGGUGGUGGCGCCGCUGAACGUGAAGACGGUGGUGAACCAUGGCAAGAACGUCAACGAGGUUGCUGCUGUCUCGGUGGUGUUCUGUCGCAGUGCAAAGCGCUGCACUGGUAACGGCGCUGGUGGUGGUGUCACUGAACGUGAAGACGGGGGUCAACCAUGGCAAGAACUCCCCAACCCCCUCCUCUUCUCCCUCUCCCCCUCCUCUUCUCCCCUCCCCCCCUCCUGCACCUCCCCUCUCUCCCCACAGUCUUUCAACCUCAAUCUUUUCCCCUCUCUCCUCCCUUCUCAACUUGUCCAACGUGUGACUAUAGCGAGAGGGAACUGCUCAGCUAUCCAAGAACUCUCAAGCGAGAUCUUUCCCCUCUUUCCUUCCAUUUCAACCUGUCCCCCACCAUGUGACUCUAGCGAGAGGGAGCUGCUGAGCUAUCUGCUGGCGCGCAUGGGCCGGUUGGAUGCUGACGUCAUCAUAGGACAUGGGCUGGCAGCGUUUGACCUCACUGUGCUGCUGCAGCGCAUGCAGGCUUGUCGUGUCGGAAACUGGUCUGCGAUUGGUCGGCUCAAGCGCACCCAGAUGCCCAAGCUAGGGGGCGGCUUGGGCAGCAGCUGGGGCGGCGGAGGGGCGGCACCCGGCCUGCUGUCAGCUGUGGCCGGGCGGCUGCUGAUCGACACGAGUGUUUCGUCCCGAGAGAUACUGCCGAAGGAAGUGAGCCACUCGCUGUCGGCGCUGGCGGCGAGUCAGCUGGGGCACACACGGAGGGAGGUGGCUGCGGCUGAGGUGCCGGGGAUGUAUGGCAGCAGCGAGAGCCUGAUGAAGCUGGAUAUCCCUCGGCUGGGGCACGUGCGGAGGGAGGUGGCUGCAGCAGAGGUGCCGGGGAUGUAUGGCAGCAGCGAGAGCCUUAUGAAGCUGGUGGGGUUGGUAGAGACAGACGCGUGGCUGGCGCUCUCCCUCAUGUUCCACCUCUCCGUGCUGCCACUCUCGCGCCAGCUCACAAACCUCAGUGGCAACCUCUGGAACCGCACCCUGCAGCGAAUCGAGUACCUCCUGCUGCACGAAUUCCACCGCCGGAAAUUCAUGCUGCCCGACAAGCUGACCACAAAAGAAAAAGAAGCGGCAAUCUCAUCCGCAGCCACCGCAGCUACAGCCUCGGGCAAGAAAAAGAAGCGCAAAGGAGCGGGAGGGAGCAGCGGGGAGAAGCAAGAAAAGGCAGCAGCAGGAGGAGCAGCAGGAGAGGAUACUACAGUUACACGGGGAGUGGAAGGGGGAGAGGAAGAAGAGGGGGAUGAUGAAGAUGCUCCUGAGGGCGCUGAGGGAGGAACGGGGGGAGCGAAGGGAAAGAAAGGGGGAGGAGGAGGUGGAGGAACGGGAGAAGGGAAGAAGAAGGGCCCGGGGUAUGCUGGGGGGUUGGUGCUGGAGCCGAAGAGAGGGCUGUAUGAUAAGAUUGUGGUGCUGCUGGACUUCAACAGCCUGUAUCCCUCCAUCAUCCGCGAAUACAACAUCUGCUUCACCACCGUUUCCUGCCCGGAUGAUGCCUCCUCGCUUCCCCAGCUACCAGACCCCGACCCCCCUGGGGUGUUGCCUGAGGUGCUGGGCAUGUUGGUGCAGAGGAGGCGGCAGGUGAAGGAUAUGCUCAAGAGGGAGAACGACCCGGAUGAGAGGCAGAGGCUGGACAUCCGGCAGCAGGCACUCAAGCUCACCGCCAACAGGUAUGAGUGGUGUUGGAGCUUGCGUCAACACUUGGAGGUGAUUCUUGAGAUGGCUCAAAUUUCACCUCCUGCAGCGGCUGGAUAUCCGGCCGGCAGCAGGCGCUCAAGCUCACUGCCAACAGGUGCCAUGCAGUCCAUAACGACUCUCAUAUUCGCAGCCCUCCCCCGACUCCUUCCCCACAUCUCACAGGGUCGUGACAUCCUUCAGAGCACAGUGGAUCUGGUGCAGAACAAUCUGAACCUGGAGGUGAUAUACGGCGACAUCCACUCCAUCAUUAUCAACUCAACUGUGCUGCCGCCCCCUUACUGUUGUUGCCGCCCCCUUUUACACCGUUUAACUCCUCCUCCUCCACAGGGUCGCGACAUCCUUCAGAGCACGGUGGAUCUGGUGCAGAACAAUCUGAACCUGGAGGUGAUAUACGGCGACACUGAUUCCAUCAUGAUCAACACGGGGCUGGACGACCCCAGCCAAGCCAUUGCCAUCGCCCACCGUGUGAAGAAAGAGGUGAGGAAGGAGGGAGGAGAGGUGAACAAGCGCUACAAGCUCCUAGAAAUCGAGAUGGACGGGCUAUUCCGCAGCAUGCUGCUGCUGAACAAGAAGAAGUACGCCUCCAUGAAGCUGAUCCUGGGACCCGGCGAGCCCCCCAAGGUGCUGAGAGAGGUGGCGGAGCACAAGGGGCUGGACAUUGUUCGGCGCGACUGGAGUGUUUUGUCCAAGGAGAUUGGUGCCUACUGCCUCAAGCAAAUUCUGUCCGGCAGGCCGCGGGAGGAGGUGGUGGAGGCGAUUCACACCGAGCUGCGCAACCUUGCAGCGAGGCUACGAGCGGGGGAGGUGGACCUGACAUCGUUCGUGAUCACCAAGACGCUCACCAAGCCACCCUCAGACUACCCCGACGCCAGCUCACAGCCGCACGUGCAGGUGGCUCUGAGGAGGAAGAAGGAGGGCCGCACGGAGGGGUGCAACGCUGGGGACGCCAUCCCCUACGUCAUUGCCGUGCCACGGCAACCAGGCAGUGAGGGAGCAGACGCAGCAGUACCGCCUCCUGGUCGCAGCAGCAGCAGCAGCAGCAGCAGUGCGGGUGGCAUAGCAGAGCGGGCAAGACAUGUGGACGAGCUGAGGAGUGCAGAGAGCGAGUGGGACGUGGACAGGGAGUACUACCUCGCACACCAGGUGCACCCCGUGGUGGCCCGGCUGUGCGCUCCCAUUGAAGGCACGGACGCUGCUAGGCUGGCAGACUGCCUUGGGCUCGACUCCUCCAAGUACCGGCAUGUGCAUGCAACGGCGUCAACGGUGCGAGAUGAUGCCAUGCUGGCAGCCUCGUCCAUUCUGGACGAUGAUGAACGUUCCUCUGUCCCUCCUGCCGCUUCCCCUGUGCCUUCCAGUUCCAUUGACUUCUCCUCUCUUCCCCCUCUUCCCCCCUAUCCCCGCUCCCACCCCCUACCGCCCUUCCCCAGCUACUCGCGCCUACCCCCCCUGCAGUUCCUCUGCCCCUCGUGCCGCUUCCCCUUUGCCUUCCCGGGCGUGCCUGCCAUCGCCCAGGGGAGAGAAAGGGAGAUAUCAGAAGCAGACCUCUACCACCGCCUCUGCUAUCUCCGCCACUCCCUUGCAGUCACACGCACCCUUGCCAAGGUGAGGGACCCAGCACAGUUGGCAGCAGUGGAGCGCAAGCUUCAGCCAAUCAGGAGGGCUUUGGAUGCAGCACAUGCAGUGGUGGAGGGGAUGUGUGACAGCUCAGCAUACAAAUGGGUUAAGAUGGGUGACCUCUGUGUUACAUAG